GUGCUCCUCCUUCUCCAAGUGGUUCAAGACUUGGAGGCGUUAAACAUUACGGCCGUUCUGUUUCGUUCAAUGAACCGAUGCGGACAACAGCAUUAAGUAGUUCCUCUUCUCCUUCCUUACCUUCUUCCCCAAAUGUGAGAGGAGGUGUUCUUGGAUUUGUGCGACAAUUAUCUCUAAAUGCUACAGGUCAAGCACUCUCACCUAGAGAAAGUGCAAAUAAAACUUAUAAGCGAAUGAGCUCCUUCAAAUGGAAUGAGGGCUUGAUUGUGGCAAAUGCAACGGCUUAUUUGAGUGUUGAAAUCAAAAAUUUGAGAGAAAUUUUGGAUAAAAUUUAUGAAACAUUCGAGGAUAUUCCCGAGGAAUUAAAAAACAAAGUUCCCUUCAAUUUGAGAGAGGAUAAUUUUCCAUAUAUUAUUAACCGUCAAUUAAUAACUAAUUUGGAUACUUGGUUAAUGAGAUUUAAAGGGAGUUCACAAGAGAAUAAGGAAUAUAAUUUGUGUGGUUAUUUUUACCUUAAUGAAAAAGGGAGGAUUCUAGAAGAACUCAAUGCACUUUUGGUUGAUGAAUUCUACAGUGGUUUAAAGGCACAAAAUGUUUUUAGGUAUCUUAGAUAUUAA